GUUGAUCACAGCAGACAUUAGCAAACAAUUUGGUUUAAACAUCAAAACCAGUGAUGAGUCGAUUAAUAGUAUUAAUAGCUAUCAUUUUGAUCACUCAUUUGUCGUAUCUGUUGGCCAUAUCGACAGUCGUCUCCGAUAGCAAUGGCCUUUCGUGUCAUAACAUGAGUGGUUACGACUUGUCCACAAUUAAUGAGAAAACAUAUAAAUAUAUUCAUAACUACACGAAUACGUCUACUAAUAAAACCGAUAGUUUUGACGUUUUAAUUAACAUUUGCCGAGUGUUUGACACCAAAGAUAAGACACCCGAAGUCUGUUUUGGCCGACAAAUCUGUGGCCACAAGACCACUGAUAAGACACCAAUUGGCUAUCGAUUGAAGUCCGCAGACUUUGUUCCCGACAACGGAUCGCACAAAGAGUAUAUAAAAGUUGUUUACGACGGAUCAGAGUGUGAUAUUCAUCGGAUACUUAACUAUUCAAUGACUAUCAUCUUCUACUGUGGAGAAGAUUCGCCCAAUUUCAAUCACGAAAUUUCCACUACUUGUGGUAUAGAAUUAAAUUAUACCACAAAGUCUGUCUGCAAGACUACUACUCAUAACUCAAUAACUACAACAACAUCAAAGCCGACAGUCAAUUGUUUUUGGGGCAAUAAUACCCAUUUUAUUGAUCUAAAACAAUUGGUUAAAAAAUCAAAUAAUUAUCAAAUUUAUUAUAUCUCGCCGACAACAAAUGAUUUUAGUAUAUUUUAUAUAAAUGUUUGCCGACCUUUGAAUCCGAUUAUCUAUUCGUUCAGUGAGUCAGGUAUUAAUAAUUGUGUACCAAAUUCUGCCAUUUGUCGGGUAAAUAUCGAUUCAAAUGAUAGCGGAGUAAGUUUAGGACAACCGACGAGUGGUCUAAUUCGUCUGUUUGAUGACAGUUUGAAUUUAUUUUAUGAAAAUGGCAGUCCGUGUCCGGCCAGACCUCAAGAAAAUCUGCGGACUCGCAUAAAGUUUGUAUGCGAUCCGUUAGCCGACAUUGAAAAUAUAACUGUCACCGAACCGGGAAGUGAGACAAUGGAUGCCGAAGAUUGCGCUUAUUUUAUCGAAUGGCGUACUUCUGCCGUUUGCGACUAUAUUGAACCGACAAAACUCGAAAACAAUUCGUGUUAUUUCACGGAUCAGAGGACAGGAUUAUCUGUUGAUUUAACAUCACUUAAGAAGAAGUGGAAUAAUCCGUAUCGCAUACCGAUGGACAACGAAUCCAUUUUUGAAUUGAAUGUAUGCGAAUUUGCCAACUCUAUCAAUACACACGACUGCUACCAGACAUCCUCCUGUCUUCGGCACAACGACUCGGGUAUCAGUUAUGGUCGGUUGACUUCAAGUUUUUUCAUCUAUAAUGGCGUCGAUUUAACGCUUAGAUAUGCCGACGGAUCAAAGUGUACUGAAGACACUAACAAAACAUUGUCGACUAUAAUCGUACUAAAAUGUAAUUCAAAUGCGACAAAAUCUGAACCAAAGCUCAAGAAAAUCACUUCAUGUGUGGCUCAGUUUGAAUGGGAAAACUCAUUGAUGUGUGAUAUCAAACCAUCGAAGUGUGCAAUACUGAGUGAAAGUGGAAAUUAUUAUAACUUAAGCCAACUCUCAUCGAUAUCGCAUUCAUGGAACACAACUGAUCCAAAGGACUCGUUUUCUGUUUAUUAUUUGAAUGUUUGCUCUAAAGUACCGAAAAGUAUUGGUUGUAAUGACCCGAACGCCGGUUCGUGUAAAUGUUUUUAUAACUCACAGAAACAGUUUGAUUGUUGCAUAAGUUUAGGCCAUCCAUCGAUGGAUGAGUUAAAGGUCUUAUCAAAUGAAGAUUUACUGUUGACUUAUAGUAAUGGUGACGACAGAGAGUGUCGUAAAGGAAUGCGAACAAAGACUGAGAUUACAUUCAAGUGCGACAAACAUAUAGGUUAUCCAAAGUUUGUUAACGUUUCAAAGUCUCAGUGUAUUUAUCGGUUUGAAUGGAAGACGUUAAUGGCGUGUCCAGUAAUGGAUCAAAACGAUGAACUCAUCUAUAAGGAUGGCUUUCUGGAGGACAAUCGACUCGAUGUCUACAUCAAUGUAUCGCCACUAAUGGGAACUACUUUUAAUGUGAAUGAAUUCAGACAAUUGGAUAAUAAUAAGACAGACAAUUAUACUUAUGUCAUAAAUCUGAGUAAACCCGAACUGUCCACUGACUACCAGUGCUCUGAAGCGGCUGUGUGUCAGACAAAAGGGGAUUUUAGACGAGAUUUAGGUAGUGUUAAGACAAUAAAGUAUUAUCUAAGAGGACAUGAACUUCAAAUGGCAUUGCAGUCCAAAGGAGGCACUCGAGGAAAAUGUGGCAAAAAUGCCAACAAAAAUGUGACCACAAUUUUCCGAUUUCAUUGUUCCUCAUCGGCCGGUGUCGGAGAACCAGAAUUUAUGUACGAAAGCAACGAUUGUGACUACGUUUUCAAUUGGGAGACAUCGAUGGUCUGCCCAAUGAAUUUCCUUAAACAAGAAGAAUAUAUUGAAUAUAUUACCGAACGUAACAGACAACAAUCUGGUGGUCACACAAAUCUGUGGAUCGAAAUUAUGUUUGGUCUAUUGUGA